CGAAGUUGGAAAAAGUCUCCUUGCCGCCGUCAUGGGAGCUUGGUUGUGGGACUGGAUGAUGAGCGUGGUCGAUGAAAUACGCAUGCUGAGAAAAGGCAGACUAGCCUUUCCAGAUGUUGUAUACGUGGUGUCUCGGAUUUCAUCUGGCGUUUUAGUCACCGCAUCGUUCUUCUUCGCUGCUUCGCCUAUUCGUGAUUGUCAGACCAUGCUCACGGUGUCUGGCUGGUUUGGAGCAAUUGCAAUACCUUCCAAUGCUCUUCUCUUCUUCCUCAGGGCCAAAGGCGUUUUCUACCAUUCCCGAGUCUUUUCUGCCAUACUUUUCGUGCUCUGGAUGUCAACCCUCACGUCAUUCAUCACACCGUUGCGUGCCACCGCCGUGCACAUCGAUCCAACGCUGUAUUGCAUUGUCACUGGUUUCGACAAGAAGAUAACGAUUGGUUUCCUCGCUGUGGGGAUAUUUGAUACCAUAGUAUUCAUCUCUAUCUCUAUCAACCUCUCAUCGUACAGCUCAGCGGAGACAUGGAAGGGACGAAUGUUCACGUUAUUUAGUGGGAAGAACAUGGGACACUUGUCAAGGGCACUUCUACAAAGUGGACAAGCAUACUAUCUGGCUACCGUUGGCCUAAACAUCUUCGCAAUAAUACUCCUGCACACUUCCCAGGUGUCACCCACGUACCGCGCACUGGCCAGCGUGCCAAAUAUUGCGUUGCAGAAUGCCAUGGCAUGCAGGGUAUUCCGCUUGUUGAAGCUUGGAGUUAUUCCGGACCCCUCUUCAUUCCCUGAAGUUAUAUCGCAGAGCGUCCGCUUUGCUCCACAGUCAGGGACAUCUAGGAGCGUGUCGACCGGGCAGCAGCAGUCAAUGGAACAUGGUGCAGACGCAUUGAACAUUCGCAUGUCGUCGUCUUCUUCUUCCAAAGCCACAACACGGUCUGUACCGCGAUGUGUUCCAGACAACCAAAGCAUGGUCUGAACAUGCCAAACGGAUAAUUCCACGACCAUGAUAUCACUUCACACAUUCCUUUGACCCAGAUUUAUGAUUAGUUAUUGAGCACAAAGGACUCUAGCCUGCAUAUCUAAGCAACACUCAUAGAUAGUUGUUCAUCCACAAUCGUUCUUCCCAGUAUCGUGUAGUAAACCAUAUCAACACCUUACAUAUAUGCGGCGUGGUGUUACAAGUAUCCUCAAACGCGUUACCCCAGAGGAAAAGCGAGGAUUAGAAACGUCACAAGGCUUACU